AAUCACCAGCAGAGCUGCAGACCACGCCCCCCGAGAGCGUCCCGCUGCAAGACAGCUGGGUGCUUGGUAGCAAUGUACCUCUGGAAACAAGGCACUUCCUCUUUAAAACAGGCACAGGCACUACCCCCCUCUUCUCCACAGCUACUCCUGGCUACACUAUGGCAACAGGCUCAGUGUACUCCCCUCCUACCAGGCCGUUACCUAGGAAUACUCUAUCCCGCUCAGCCUUCAAGUUCAAGAAAUCCUCCAAGUACUGCUCAUGGAGGUGUACAGCCCUCAGUGCAGUAGGUCUGUCUGUACUGCUGUCUGUCAUGCUCUGUUACUGCAUCGCCAUGCACCUGUUUGGUCUAAACUGGCAGCUUCAGGAGAGUGAGGGAUACGGAGCCUUUGAAAAUGGAGGUGGAGGAAGAGACACAACACCCAACACAUUUAUAGUGUCUACAGACAACAGUAAGAUGCUUUUUCUAGAGAACAACACCAUAGACACAGGAGAGGUGGAUGUGGGGAGACGAGCCAUACAAGAUAUACCUGCAGGUGUGUUUUGGAGGUCCCAGCUGUAUAUCGACCAACCACAGUUCCUGAAAUUCAACAUUUCCGUCCAGAGAGAUGCUCUUGUUGGUGUGUAUGGACGCAAAGGCCUACCACCUUCACAUACACAGUAUGACUUUGUGGAACUGUUGGAUGGUAGUCGACUUAUUUCGAAAGACAAACGAGCACUGAGUGACACCGACGCAGCACACAUACGUCUAGCCGGUUCUUUCGAAGAAGAAUCUGAGGGAGGCCCCCGACAUAUCCGCUCCGUGAAUGUGCAUGAGGCUGGGUUCAUCCAGUACCUGGACACUGGAAUCUGGCACCUGGCGUUUUACAAUGAUGGACGAAACACAGAACAAGUCUCCUACAAUACCAUCAUCAUAGAGUCGAUUAUGGAGUGUCCUCACAAUUGUCAUGGAAACGGUGAAUGUCUCUCGGGGAUUUGCCACUGUUUCCCAGGAUUCCUGGGGCCCGACUGCUCUCGAGCGUCCUGCCCGGUGCUGUGCAGCGGUAACGGUCAGUACUCUCGUGGACGCUGCCAGUGCUACAGUGGUUGGAAAGGUACCGAGUGCGACGUGCCAGCCAACCAGUGUAUUGACAUCCACUGUGGAGGACAUGGUAUCUGCAUAAUGGGCGCCUGCAUCUGCAACACUGGUUAUAAGGGAGAGAACUGUGAGGAAGUGGACUGCAUUGACCCAGCUGUUCGGCCCAUGGGGUGUGUAUUCAUGGCGAAUGUCACUGUCAGCCAGGUGGGGUGGAGCCAGCUGUGA